UAUAGAAUGGUAAUCCGUAAGCAAGUUCUGCUCCUGCAGAACCACCACUAAAAUUUAGAUUAGCAGAGUGAUAGAGUAAACCUGGAGAGAAGUCGAAGAAGAGCACAACCAAAAUGUUGAUAACAGUGAGAGAAGCAUGUCCUUUCUCCCCCAUUUGUUUCAACUUCUCUUCUCUUUCUAGUCUCAAUUUCUCCAAACCCUCUCUCAGACUCAAAGCCUCUGUCUGCAGUGCCACCUUCUCUGUCCAAAGCAAACCCAGCGCCACCAAGCCCUGGAACACUGCCUUCAACUCCAAAAGCUGUGAGAGCUCAGUCUUUGAUCCCUUGGGUAUUAAUUCAGAUGUAUAUUGUGGACUAGAUUCUGCGUGGGAAAGCAUACUAGCCUUGUUAUCACCAAUAUUUGAGAGUGCCUCAAGUACGAAAAAAGAUAAGCCUUCUGCUCGAGGAGUUGCAGCUGCAAUUGAAGACAGUUCCAUUGAUUUUGGGGACUUCUUCAAAGGCCCAUUGCCAGGAAAGUUUCUCCAGCUUCUGGGAUUCCUGGCUCUGUCCCGUCUUGGAAUAUAUAUACCCCUUGGUGGGGUAAACAGAGAUGCUUUUGCUGGAAAUUUAGAUCAGAAUAGCUUAUUGAGCACUUUAGAUUCAUUUUCUGGGGGAGGCAUUGGUAGACUUGGAAUAUGCUCCCUCGGUAUUGUUCCCUUCAUCAAUGCACAGAUUGUGUUUCAGCUUCUUGCUCAAGUUUACCCCAAGUUACAAGAUCUUCAGAAAAGAGAAGGUGAAGCUGGAAGAAAGAAAGUUCUCCAGUAUACUCGAUAUGCUUCAGUUGGGUUUGCUAUAGUACAGGCGAUUGGCCAAGUUCUUUACCUUCGUUCCUAUGUCAAUGACUUCAGUACACAGUGGGUUCUGACAUCUGUUACUCUAUUGACACUUGGUUCUGUAUUUACAACCUACAUUGGGGAACGAAUCUCUGAUCUAAAACUUGGCAAUGGCACAUCUCUUUUGAUAUUCACAAGUAUUAUUUCCUAUUUGCCGGCAUCUUUUGGUAGGACAGUUGCACAGGCAUUUCAGGAUGGUAACUAUGUUGGGCUUGUUACAAUCAUCAUCUCAUUCUUCCUUUUAGUCCUUGGCAUUGUGUAUGUUCAGGAAGCAGAGAGAAAGAUUCCGCUCAACUAUGCAUCAAGAUACACCAGCAGAAGUGGACUUCAAAAAUCUGCUUACCUACCAUUUAAGGUAAAUAGUUCAGGAGUUAUGCCAAUCAUAUUUUCUACUUCAUCAUUGGCUCUUCCUGGCACUCUAGCAAGAUUUACUGGAAUAUCUGCAUUGAAGAAAGCUGCAGUGGCUUUGAACCCAGGAGGUUCCUUCUAUCUACCAACCAAUAUCCUAUUAAUAGCCUUUUUCAACUACUACUACACCUUCCUACAAUUGGAUCCUGAUGAUGUGAGUGAACAGUUGAAGCGCCAAGGUGCGUCAAUUCCAUUAGUCCGACCGGGUAAAAGUACAGCUGCAUUUCUGAAAAUGGUUCUCAGCAGGAUAUCAGUCCUGGGUUCUGGGUUUUUGGCUAUUCUGGCUGCUGGUCCAGCUGUUAUUGAACAAAGUACAAACUUGACUGCAUUUCGAGGAUUUGCAGGCACUUCCAUCCUCAUUCUUGUAGGUUGUGCAACAGAUACUGCUAGAAAAGUUCAAGCAGAAAUAAUCUCCCAAAAGUACAAGAACAUAGAAUUUUAUGAUGAUGACAGACAUGGUCCCUAAAAAGCUACGCCAAGUCCUGAGAGGAGAAAUUCUUCAAACCGUACAGUAAUGCUUCACAACUUGACAUUUUGUAACUGAAAUGGCAUCAUGAUAUGUAUUUUGCCCAGUUGUAUUUAAGUUUUUGGUUUGUGUAUUAUAGUCUUGUGCCUUGCAGCUUGAUUUAGGCUGUAACUUGUACAUACUGCUGCAGCAGAUUCACAGUUAUACUAAUUUCAGUCCUUGCAGCAUCA